AUGCGGCCCAUCAUCAUUCCGGUGACCACGGGCCCUCCAUCGCCGCCGUCCACGCCAGCCAUGCCCUCGCAGCAAGGGGCAGAAUGCUUUGCCGGCCGGCAGGGUGGGCCAGCCAAUGGGUCCCGCUGUACGGCCGUGCCACGGUCACUCGUGCAGGCGAAGUCGAAGCUGCCCAACCGACAGCCCAUAGACCCGAGAUCUCUCUUCGCUGCCCUGAGACGCGAGGAGUCCCAGGAGAACGGAAAAGCCGACGGUCGCAAACGCAGGGACAGUUCAGUGGACGAGAGUUCCAUCAGCUCGGACACAUCCUGCUCGUCGCUCGAGUUCCACCGUCCUCACAGCGCGGGCGUCGAAGCUUCCAGAUCUCCUUACCGCAACAGCCCAGCGAGACUCGACGCCACAGCAGGUUGUUCCGGCUUCACUGCCAGCUGCGUCAAAGGCUCCACCGAGAGUCUCACUCGACGCGAACGCCUGGAUGCCGUGAAGGCGAGGGUCGAGGCGAAGCGAAGCCAGUACGGCGGCAGCUCGUCUUCCGAUGACGACGAGGACGUCACCUGGCGAGAGAACGGCAAGGUAACGAAAGCCCGAAGGAGGUCGCGCGAAAGCUCCGCGCCCCCGCGUCCAGUCGUUCCCGCUUGGCAGGAGAGCAAGGCCUAUCAGGAGCCCAACAACAUGGUUCGCAGGGCAGGGGCCGUCACACCACUGACGGUGACCACUACGUUCCAGGGACCAGCGGCGCCAGUACAACCUUCACCUCAGGACUCAGGAGUGAGUUCCCAGUCAGUUGCGUCUAGUCCAAGCCUCGGCCGUGCUCCAACGCCACCACCGAGGCGAACCCCUUCCAGGGCAAUCACGAGAGAAUCCUCCCUGCUGGCAGCAAAGCCGAGGAGGCAUUCGGCUUCUUUUGACCAAUGGCGCAUGGAAGACAGCGGCAUUGGCUCAGAGCGGAAAGACAGCAGUUUCUACAGCUACGCGGACCUGACUCCCGCUCAUGGCGUCAAAGCGCGAGUUCGAGGACCAGCGUACUCUUACACCGACCAGGCCCCUCUCAGACCUGAUUCGGCUGGGGCUUACAUGAGCGAUCCUCAGAGGACUGACAUGAGAUUUUUUGGCCUAGCGCCCGGACAUCGACGAGCGUCCAUUUCUGCGGAGGUCCUCGACUUGACGCCUAGGUCGGACACGCCGCCCCGGCGACCCCGACCUCUCUCCAUGGUCGUCGAAAAGACGAGAAGCGUUCCCCCACCUGUGCCCCGGCAGCGCCCCGUCACGGGAAACACCAGCAGCCUCGAAGCUGCCAGGCGUCGCCUGGACGACGUCAUUCAGCGUGAGAGAGACAGGCGUUCUUCGGCUAAUCUCGAGACCGCGCUGAACGAACUCGAAGAGAUCUACAACAGCCUGCGUUUGAACGAGGACGAGGACCUGCUGUUUCGCGCUGAGCGACGAGAUCUACCGACCAAGUUUCAGCUCAACCGUCCGGGCGCGGAUACCGUGCUGCCGGACGUGGCUUAUCCGCUAAAGAGAAGCUGCAGCGACGACAUGUCGUUCAUAACUGGAUUGCGACAACGAGCACCGUCCUUCAGACGCUCGGCGAUUCCUGACAAGGUGGCCGAUGACCUCGCCAAUCGCCGUCUGGCCCAGCCGCAGCCUCCGGCCAGAAAUGGAGCCCACACACCGCCACCGCGUAAGGACGUGAGCUAUAUGCUUUGUUCCGCAGCAUUCACGCCUUCGCUUCAUGUUCACCCUGCUCUUAUGGACGUGUCCCUUGCAGGCGAGCCCGACAUUGAAAAGGACGACAUGUGCUAUCGCAACUACACCCAAGCCGACGCGCUGCGCGUUCCUCCUCCUCAACCGCCUUUCGGUAUCCCCUUGGUCCCGACGCAAGGCACAACGUGUGACUACAUUAGAGCUAGGCCUCCCGACGCUCCACGGCCUCUCACGAGGCCCAAGGUGCAUCCGGACUUGGUGCGAGACGACAUGGCCUUCAGGAACCUAAGGAAAGACCCUGCCGUGUCGCUAGCCGCAAGGCGCUCGACGCGCGCGUUGUCGGUCAGCGUCGCUUCCAAGGCGACCUCGCCUUCUGACAAGCAGCAAGAUAAGUCCCAAAGCAUGACGAGCAUAAUGGAAGCGCUGCAGAAGGAGUCCCAGCGAUGGAAGCGCCUCGACGAAGGCGUGACGCAUGCUCCAAACUCUGCACCCGGCACCCAUAACCACGUCUCCAAUAACGGUCCAGACUGGAGCGCCGCCAGGCAGCGUGGAAAGAUUGUGCCCAUGGAAGACUGUCAGCUGGACGCUUUGCUCGCUUCCCUGACUCCUCCUCCGGUACCGACACCAGGUGAGCGGCGACUCAGGACAGGAGUUCGCAUCCCGGCAUGAUUUCUCACCCGGCGUCUUUUAACUCGAGUAACCAACCCAAAGUGAAACUGCGCAUGCCGUCUUUACUACAACGACUGGCCGCACUUAACGCCGUCGCACACCCGGAGCUGCCUUGUAGUGUAGUGGAAGGUGGUGUGUGUGUGUGUGUGCUCGUUUGUGUGUGCGUGAGCCUCCACUUGUGCCUAAUGAGCUUGUGUACUGAUCCGCUACAUGUGUGUUGCGCCAUCGCACUGACAUGCUGGUGAUCCGAUCUGCUUCGUUGGAUGCUGUGACGGGUCAAGCAUCGCCUGGCAUUACUUACGCGCUUUCGUGUGCUGUAGGCUGCCUGAGAAGGACCUUUCGUGCGGCGUUGGCAGUGAAGAUGACGAUAACCCUUGUGAAUUCUAUCGAUAUAACUUAACUGUAAAGUUUGAGACGAAGUAUUACGUUUUUUUUUUCCUACGAUGGUAUUUUUGUUUCCUUCUGUCACUGAUUACUGCCAUUUAUUAAACAAACGGCUCGUGUGUUCGCCGAGAAACGUUUUCGUUGGAACUAUACAGAGUCUAGCAGAGCGAGGCUCUGCUAGUCAUUUGCACGGCUCGCAUUUGUAGUUUUGGGCAAGAUCGGCCAGAGGACACUUAGUUUUUUUUCGUUUUUCUUUUUGUGCAAUAGUGUGUCACGUUUUUAUACUUUUAUACUGCGAUUUAUACGUGUGUCUACGAUGCACAAUCGUAGGAACUUAAAGAGCUACGAUACCAAAGCAUGUAAAGGAAUAAAGACUUAAGAAAUAGGAGUAUUAUCACAGAAAAGGCGAGCGUGUUAUAUUAGAUCUCUGUGAAGAUAUAAGACACCCAGUGACAGUGUUGUCGUAAUAUUUGGGAAUAUAUCUUGUAUAUACAUAUAAUUGUUUCUGUCAAGCUGAUGCGAGAUUAUAUGUCAUGACUGCUAGUAUAUCUCGGCACGACACUAGUUCCUAACUCUUGACGUGUUAGCGACUGUGUGUGGUUGUGUCUGCGAAUGCUGUAUGUACUGAGUGCCAAUGAAAA